AUGAUUUAUUUAGAUUAAAUUUCAAUAGAUCACUAAAACUAUCCUAAAGAUCUCAAACAAUAAUUAAAAAAUACCACACCUACAUCUUAAAUUGGAAAUAAAAUUGGAAAAAAUAAUAAUAAUCCUAUUGAUGGAAUUGUCAAAAAUGUUUUCAAUAAACCCAUCUAAAUUUAUCGAUCAAAAAACAAAAAAACAAAUAAGUCUUUAAGUGAUAGUUCUUUAUCAGAAAAUUCAUAAUAUUCAUCAAUCAGUUCAUUUAGUUUAGGAUCUAUCAUAUCUCAUUCAAAAGAAAAAUAAAACCAUGAAAAAAAUAGAAUUAAAAUAUUAAAUUUUGUACUUGAUUCUCAUCCUUCAAAAAAAGAUGUAUUAAUUAAAUAUUAAAUUAAUGGAAAAUAAAAAACUACAUCAAAUAAAUUAUUAAGUCAAAAAUUAUCUAAAAUUGUUAAUUAAGAAUAAGAUUAUUAAUAAAACAAUAAUAAAGAAGAAUCUGUGAAUAAGAUUUAGAGUAUUUAGUAAGAUUUAAAAAAUGAAUUAGAAAUUGGUUUAAAUAGAUAUUAUUAAAGAAAUUGUUUUGAUGUAUGUUUCAGAUGUAAGUAGGUUGGACAUUUUUAAAAUUAAUGUACUGAAAAAUAAGUUUUUAGAUGUAAUUAUUGUUUAAGUCAAAAACAUCAAGGGGAUAGUUGUUCUAAUGUUUCAUGUUUUCGAUGUAAUCGAUAUGGACAUCGAAAAUACGAUUGUAAAGUAUAUUUAAAUAUCAUUAUUAGAUCUAACUUAGACUUAAUUUUUGUCCAUUUUGUGGAAAUACUAGUCAUAAAGCUGAAGAUUGUGGAAUGAUUGUUCCAGUUUAAACAUAAGGAAAUAAUUAAAUAAUCUGUUUGGUUUGCAGAUAAUAUGGACAUGCUAAUUGUAAUUUAUGA